ACUCAGCCCAAAUUUCGGGUUUGGAAUCUCAGAAACAAGCCCAGCCCAGCAGCCAUAAAUUACCCCGGUAAUAAAUCAAUAACGGGAAUGGACGUUAUCUUUCCCGGGAAAAAUCUGGUUCACAUGAUCUCUCUCUUCUCUCUCCAAGUCGUCGGGCAAGCUACUUGAUUUUUUUGCGGCGCCGCCACCGCACAACUAUGGUGAUAGCCACUUCAUCUCUUCUGUACCUGAACUCUCCUAUUUCACGACCUUUGAACAAUUCCCGGAGCAGAGAAUUUUUGCGGAGCCCUUCUGGGUUUCGUGUUCGAACCAGAACCAGAACCAAACCCGCUUCCGUAUCGAUUACCAGAGCCGAAGCUGGUAUGCAGAAGGAAGAUAUUGUCAUCGUCGGAGCAGGGAUUGCCGGCCUUGCCACUGCAGUGUCCCUUCACAGACUUGGGAUUCGGUCGGUGGUGCUUGAGCAAGCGGAGUCGCUUCGAACUGGUGGAACCUCACUGACCCUUUUCAAGAAUGGAUGGAGGGUACUGGAUGCGAUUGGUGUAGGGAGCGAUCUCCGGAGCCAGUUCGUCGAAAUUCAAGGGAUGGUCGUGAAGGCAGAGGAUGGAAGGGAGUUGCGAUCCUUCAAAUUCAAAGAUGAAGAUCAAAGCCAGGAAGUUCGUGCCGUCGAGAGAAGAGUACUUCUGGAGACUCUUGCCGAUCAACUGCCGCCAAAAGCAAUCACUUUUUCAUCAAAGUUAGCCAAGAUUGAAGCAGUUAAAAAUGAAACUCUUCUGGAACUCAUGGAUGGCACUAGAUUGCUUGCAAAGAUUGUUAUUGGUUGUGAUGGGAUUCGGUCUCUAGUGGCCAAAUGGAUGGGGUUCUCUGAACCAAAGUAUGUAGGGCAUUGUGCUUUCCGGGGUCUGGCAUUUUAUCCGGACGGGCAGCCAUAUGAACCCAGGGUUAACUACAUCUAUGGAAGAGGUUUGCGUGCUGGAUAUGUACCAGUAUCAUCAACCAAAGUUUACUGGUUCAUCUGCUACAACAGUCAAUCUCCAGGUCCAAAGAUUACCGAUCCGGUUUUGCUGAAGAGGCAAGCUAAAGAACUUCUAAGAAACUGGCCUGCGGAGCUACUGAACAUAGUUGAUAUCACCCCAGAUGAAACAGUCAUUAAAACUCCACUUGUAGACCGUUGGCUUUGGCCAGUGGCAAGCCCUCCUGCCUCAUCAGGCAGAGUCGUUCUGGUUGGGGAUGCAUGGCACCCAAUGACACCCAAUCUUGGGCAAGGCGCUUGUUGUGCAUUAGAGGAUGCAGUAGUUCUAGCAAGUAAACUAGCAAGCGCAAUCAAAUCAGGACCUACCUCCGUUGAUGAUGCUUUCCAGGAAUAUGGAAGUGAAAGAUGGCCCCGGAUCUUCCCACUAACCAUACGCGCAAAUCUUGUUGGAUCACUUCUCCAGUGGGAUAAUCCAGUGGUAUGCUCUGCUCGCGACAAUGUUAUAGUCCCUAAACUAGUUAACAUUGGAUCAAUGCUUGAACACACAAAUUUUGAUUGUGAGCCUCUAAUUGUAAAAGCAUAAAUGCAUAAUACUAUAAUAGUGGUACAAUAGAAACGUACUGUAUAACAAAGUUAGAUAAACAAAAUAAGAUUU